ACCCACGCCUCCACUACCACCACAAAAACCACACCAGGGUGUCCAGAGAUAUUCAUCAGACCAUCAACAUAACCCAGCUCUAUGGUCUCUGCUUGAGGUUCACCCGCAGCUUCCUGGCUCUCCUGCGGACCGCACCGGACAAAAUGACUCUAGAGGACCUCAGACCGCAACUCCGCUCCAUCCUGCGCGACAAGGACUUGCAGGCGUUCUUCACCGAGACGUUAGCCGGCCACCUAGACGCGGUCAGCGGCGCACGAGAAGUCCGCGCAGUCUACAAUGUUCUCGACCUCUACAGCGCACUGGAAGAACGCAGACUUAGGUACCUAGAUAAGGUGCGGGCGAGGCUGCAGGCGAUGGCGGCGGAUGUCCCCCGCGGCGUCGGGCGAGACUACAACCAGCUAGGACACAUGGUCCCCGCCUUCCUCAGACACAUCGGCAAGAUCAGGGAGAAGGCCGCGGAGCUCUUAAGGUCAGCGUUGAAGCCGAACGAAGACAACAUGGACCUGGUGGCAUUUUACGAGCCGGGGGGACUACCCAAGCUGGACGCCCUCGCCUCCAACCUCUCCCUUCCGUCACCCUUCUUGAGCCUGGACGACCGGAGGUACCACCUUCGACCAGCUGACCAGCCCACCUACCUGCUGGGUGUUGAGCCAGUUAACCAGCUGUGGCGUCUGGUCCUUACCAACAACACUUCGCCAUUCACUCUGUUCUCAUUCAAGCCAAUUCCAGCAAGAUUUGGUGCGGUACGAUAUGUUCUUACUUGCGAUGCAUUACCGGAAACACAGCACCUUGGCAUUCCCAAAGGCACUACCGACUUCCUCUAUUUUGGCUCUGUGGAGCGUGGUGGUGGUGGCGGCGGGUCCCUGGCCGUCGUCACGCUGGGCGGGGAGGCGCGCGUCCUGGUCCACCGGACGAGGCACCACGCCGCCUUCCUCACCUGGACACCCCAGGAUCACCAGGUCACUCUCACCAGCCCCUACCCGGGUCCACCAGCUCACUGGCUUCUCUCUCACGCACAGUGACUAUAACGAAGCCACAGAAAAAGGAACACUGCACGAGGACACGGAACACGACACGGGUUAAAAUUAUGAAACGCGGCCAAUGGAUUUCGUUCUUGUAUUUACCCGUUGGUUACUGUCGUUCGAAUUCGUGACGAGGAUAAAAAGCCAGUGACUUCUGAAGGGCUUGCUUGGCUUGCAUAGGAUCUCCGGCAGCGUGUUAAGACCUUCCAGAUCCUCCUCGGCUCGCAAAGGAUCACCUGAUGUUUGUCAAGGGUUCUCCAUGACUUAAAAUUCUAUCCAUUUCUUUUGGUGAAAUUUCCUUUGUGCAUUUCGAACUGUAGUACAGUCAGAUGACUUCGAUGACUGACCUCGGCCAGCAGCACGUCCCACAAGCUUGCACUCUGGCCAGAUCUAAACUCCUUGUGUGUGUUCUUCAUUGUGGCUUGGUAAGCUAGGACUUACUGCCUCUUGUGUGUCACGGUAGAGCUGUUGAAGCAGUGGUGGUAUGGGUGUAUGGUAGAUCUCCUGAAGUACUGAUAUGGGUGUAUGGUGUAUACACGGCUGGGUGUAUUCAUCAGUAUAUAUGCUACUAGUAUAAUCCCCUCUGGGUCGAGGAUUAGUAUUUUAAACCCUGUGUAUAGUCCAAGCAUAAUGUUUUGUGUAUAUAUAAUUUGUCAUCUAUAUUUGUUCCUUUAUCAUUACCCAAGAUAAUUGCUAAUAAUGUAAUCAGAUAAAAUCUCUGCAUUUUCAAACAAUAACAGCUUCUUUACCAAGUGAAAUAUUCAAACAAAACAUCAAUAACAUGUAUAGAAUGAUAACAUGUAUAGAAUGAUAACAUGUAUAGAAUGAUAACAUGUAUAAAAUGUAUAAAUUUUGCCAUUAA